CUUAAAGUCCAACCCCAUUCUCUCUCUCUCUCUCUAUAUACCUGCAUGCAUGAUUUCCUAUAUGAUAUCAUAUAGCUGAUUCUCUCCUCCUCUCGCUGCAAACAUUUUUCCUUAAUUCAUUCUUGUGCUUCUGCCAAUUGAACUCUGUUGGGGGAGCAAUAAGCGUGUCAAAAUCUGAUUCAAGGAAGGUUAGGACUAAUUUUGAAGAGAAAGAACACACUAUAAAGAAGAUGUUGGGCCCGUCAGUUGUUGAAAGCGUGAUGAAGCUAUGGAGUACAUGGAAUAUCAGAGGACUGAUUAUUCUAAGCCUCUUGGUUCAGUCCUUUCUGAUUCUUUUUGCACCAUUAAGGAGACAAAGAGGGAAUAAAUGGAUCGUCGUUCCGAUUUGGUUGACAUACUUGCUUGCAGACUGGGUUGCUACAUUUACUAUUGGACUUAUGGGACGUGCCGAAGUAAGUGACAUCCUAGCCUUUUGGGCACCCUUUCUUUUGUUGCAUCUUGGUGGCCCCGAUACCAUUACAUCCUUCUCUUUGGAGGAUAAUGAACUUUGGUUAAGGCACUUGCUUGGGCUUAUGUUACAAAUUGGUUCAACUGUCUAUGUUAUCCUUCAAUCACUCCCAGGCAAGAAGCUUUGGCUCCCAACCCUCCUAGUGUUAAUUGCAGGAAUAAUCAAAUAUGCAGAGCGAAAUUAUGCAUUUUAUCUUGCAAGCUUUGACCAUUUUAAAGAGCCUGCCACGGGCAUUAUCAAGAAUCUACUUGUAGGGCCUCUUGCGCAUCCACAAGUACGCUAUACCAACAGAAAAGUAAUUAAAGAAAGAGGGUCAAAAGAGGUCCUUCUGAAAUUAGAGACUGAGCUAAGCCUCUUGUAUGAAGCCCUCCACACCAAAUUGCCUGUGGUCUGCUGUAAGAUUGGAUACGGUUUCCGGCCCAUUAGUUUUGGUUGCAUUUUUGGAGCCCUUUUGUCAUUCGGCUUAAUUCUCAACCACUACCAUCAGUUGGGAAAGUUUGAAAUCUGGCUAACCUAUGGUCUGUUGAUCGGGGCCAUAACAUUGGAUUUCAUAUCCAUCGGAUUUCUUAUUUUUUCCGAUGUCAAUCUAGCUCUCGGAAAGAUUCCGCUCUCGGAAAGAUUCCGCUUCCGGAAUGCAAAAUUGUGGCCUGGAUUAAAAACAGACGUAGGUGGUCCAGAAGAAUCCCUCAGUGCAACUUUAUAACCUGUUUUGUUGAUGACCGUCCAUAUUGGCUGAACAAAUCGGCUGAUUUUUUUCACAUAAGGAAUGUUUUGGAUGCCAUUAAACUAAGCAGAUACUUGUCCUCACGAGAUUUCACAGAAGAAGUGUGGCACUUCAUUCUUGAAGAAAUGAAAAGAAAGGCUGCGUUUGCAGCAACGGUAGAACAGGGCAUCAAAAUUUCUUCGAAAAGAGCUGUCACGGCUAGCCUUUUUUCCUCAAUUCAUUUUCCUGCGUUUGCCAAUUGAAUUUGCUGGAGGGAGCAAUUACAGUAUCAAAGUCUGAUCCGAAGAAGGUUAGGUCCAAUUUUGAAGAAAAAGGUACUCCGUAAUGCACUUAAAUUAAUGUUUUCAACCUUU